AUGGCCGCCGAUUGCCGCCUCCCUGAAUCUGAAUCUGAACCACCGGCGGCCUCAAUGAAGCUUGGAGAUCGGGUCGAGUCGCACUCUCUUGCCAGCGCCCCUCACCUGAACGGGUUGGUUGGUAAAGUCGUUGCUUUUCAGGAAGGACGUGUCGGCGUUGACUUUGGGUCGCCGCACGGAGUCAAGGCAUUGAAAGAAGCCAAUUUGCUGCUGCUCUCGCCAAACAAGUUGCCAGUGACUCUCCUCAGUGGGUUCCUUGGUGCUGGCAAAACGACCUUGUUGACCCACAUUCUGACGAACCGCGAAGGUCUUCGAGUGGCCGUGUUGGUCAAUGACAUGGCCUCCAUCAACGUGGACGAGCAGUUGCUGAAACAGGGUGUGCAAUUUCACGAGAGCAAGGACAAAAUGGUUGAGCUUCACAACGGCUGCAUUUGUUGCACACUCCGCGAAGACUUGAUCAAAAGUGUUCAUGACUUGGCCUUGGAGAACCGCUUCGACUACUUGAUGAUUGAAAGCACAGGAAUCUCAGAGCCGAUGCCUGUGGCGACCACCUUCGACGCCAAGGAUGAGAAAGGCAAGCACCUCCUCGGUGAGUUUGCGACCCUGGAUACUUGUGUCACAGUCGUCGACUCCGCGAACUUCCUCAAGGAUUACCGAAGCCACGAGAAGGCAUUAGAUAGGAAGGAUUUGGGUGCCGAGGAGGGUGACGAAAGAACCAUAGUGGAUCUGCUGAUCGAUCAAGUGGAGUUUGCAAAUGUCUUAGUCCUCAACAAGACCGAUCUCGUGGGCACCAAUGAGUUGAAAGAUCUUAAGGUAAUGCUUAGCAAGCUGAACCCUGGUGCACGCAUUGUCGAGAGCGAAUUUGGUGUCGUCGAUCCGAAAUACAUUCUGAAUACAAAGACCUUUGACCUAAAGUCGGCCAGCAUGAUGCCUGGCUGGAAACAGGAGUUGAAAGGGGUCCACCACUUGCCAGAAACUGAAGAGUAUGGAAUUUCCAGUUUCGUGUAUCGGAUGGAUCGGCCAUUUCACCCCGACCGCUUGUUGCAAGCGCUCAGCUUGGCUGGUGGUGCGUUCCCUGGCGUGUUGCGCUCAAAGGGAUAUACAUGGGUCGCCAGCGAGGACUUGAUGUCAGUGGAGUGGAGCCAGGCUGGCUGUAAUACUAUUCUGAAGGCGGGCUUCGCUUGGAUAUCGUGUGGCGUGGCCAAGGCUGCCUUGCCGCCUCGGCGACAGGAGAUUGUUUUUAUCGGCAAUGCCAUGGACGAGGCCUCCAUCCGCAAGUGUCUCGGUGAAAUCCUUCUGACAGACGAGGAAUUCCAACUUGGGUCUGAGGUUUGGACGCAAUGGCCUAAAGUGGUCACGAGUUAUCUCUUCUAUCCGGAGGACAAAGGUAGGGAUCUUGAGUUUACGGUUGAUAUCGUGAAGAAUCCGGGCGACAGGCUUGGCUUGCAGACUGGGGAGGAUGGCGAUGGGGUUGAGAUUUUGGAAGUCUUCGAGGGAGGAUUGCUGCACAAGUGGAACACCGAAAAAUGCUCCGAGAAUCCAGAAUUAGUAGUCAGACCUCGCUACAGCAUUCGGUCUGUGAACGGCACAGCUGGGCGAGAGGGUAUGACGUUAAUCGGUUCAAGCACACACUUGCGAUUCAAGAUUUCUCGCUGGCAUCCAAGUCAUUUCAAGACGAUGCAAAGACGUUUCUUUCAGGUAGCCAUGCCAUCAUAA